AUGGAAGCAGUUGAGAGAAUGCACUCCAAUAAAGCGACGCCUUCGCAUGCGCGAAGCAACGGGCUACAUCCGAAAGCGUUUCAGAAACAAAAUGUUCAAAAAUUUGUAACAUCGUGCAUGUCUAUAAUACGCCCAAUCGAUGAUUCAAAACCCUGUACCUUAUCUUCUCUACCUAUGUCUGUUUCAAGAAGGGGUCUCUUCUCGGUUUGCGAAGAUUUGAGGACGAAUGAGCGAAGCGAUGAAAGAAAUCCAAGAGAAGUUCCUCAAGAGAAAGGAGGAGGAUGGACGAAGAAAUCAUCGAAAGACUUUGCCAAUGCUGUCGAUAAGAUGAGCCGCGCCGGAUAUAAAGGAGAAUAUGGGAAUCACGAGGUGCCAGAAGAGGACAAAAUUAAACUCGAUGCACUUUACAUGCAAGCCACGUCUGGGGAUUACGGUAAGUUACGGUGCUCGGACAAAGGAACGAUGCAAUCUUAUGGAACAUCUCGAGGUCUUCUUAUUUCGUAG